GCUGGUCCCGCUGCACUGCGGGGGAGGGGUAGCGUUUUUAGGUGAGGGGCAUUUUUGCGAUUAGAAAAUUUUGGAAAGAGUUUAAGUAUACAAUUCCUUCCCCCAGACUCAAGGGAACACAUUUGGUCCUUCUUGUCGGAAAUAUAAAUCUUGUGACUUAUUAUAAAUAUCAGCCAUGGGAAUAGAAUACCCACUCCGUGUUCUUCUCAUUGGCAAUGGGGGGAGGGAACACGCGAUCGCGUGGAAGCUCAGCCAAUCGUCUCUGGUAGAGUCCAUUAUAGCAGUACCAGGAAACGGAGGCACAGCGACCUGCCCUAAAGUAACCAACAAUACUUCGGUAUCAGCAGAUGAUUUCCCGGCACUCCUCGAAUUAGCUCGCAAGAACAAUGUCAACUACGUCGUUCCCGGACCCGAAGCCCCUCUCGUAGCCGGUGCUGUCGAUUUCUUCGAGAAUGCGGGUAUUAAGAGCUUCGGACCGUCCAAGAAGGCUGCGCAGAUGGAGGGCAGCAAGACUUUCUCGAAGGACUUCAUGAAGAAGCACAACAUACCCACAGCGGCAUAUGAGAACUUCUCAGACUAUAACAAAGCCCGAGAAUACCUCGAUACGGUGCAACACGAUGUGGUGAUCAAGGCGAGCGGGUUAGCGGCUGGAAAAGGUGUCAUUAUACCUACAUCUAAAGAGGAGGCUCAAAAGGCACUCAAGGACAUUAUGCAGGACAAGGAAUUCGGAUCUGCCGGAGAUGAGGUUGUUAUUGAAGAGUUCCUAACAGGAGAUGAGCUGAGCAUAUUAACUUUCAGUGAUGGUUACACGAUAAAAUCGCUGCCCCCCGCCCAAGACCACAAGAGGAUAGGCGAAGGAGAUAAGGGAUUGAAUACGGGUGGUAUGGGAUGUUAUGCGCCGACUAACAUCGCAACUCCAGACCUUGUGGCGCAAAUUGACCGGGAUAUUAUUCAGCCAACUAUUGAUGGUAUGCGUAAGGACGAGAUGCCUUUCGUCGGUAUCCUUUUCACGGGGCUCAUGAUCACCUCCACCGGCCCGAAGGUUCUCGAAUACAAUGUCCGAUUCGGAGACCCGGAGACCCAGACUGUCCUACCGCUACUAUCACAAGACACCGAUCUAGCUAAGAUCAUGGUAGCAUGCUCAGAACGCUAUCUUGACAGUGUCCUAAUUAAAAUCGAGCCAAGCUUUAGCGCGACCGUCGUCGUUUCCGCGGGUGGAUAUCCCGAGUCCUAUCCCAAAGGCGACAAGAUGACCGUGCAAACUCCCCCCGAAGGAAUCAACAUAUUCCACGCGGGCACCAAACUAGCAAAUGGCAUAUUGCAGACCGCAGGUGGGCGAGUGAUAGCCGCCACUGCCACUGCGGCGGAGAGUCUCCGAGCCGCCGUCGACAAGGCCUACGAGGGCGUGAAGCUCAUCCACUUCGAUAAGAUGUACUACCGUCGGGAUAUCGCACACCGAGCCUUCAAGCCGACGGCCGACACCAAGGAAGCCCUGACAUACGCGGAAGCAGGUGUGAGCAUUGACGCCGGAAACCAGCUCGUCGAGCGCAUCCGCACCGCUGUUAGAUCGACGAAGAGAGCCGGUGCCGACGCUGAGAUAGGCGGUUUUGGAGGUGAGGUUGAUCUCUCCAAGGCCGGCUUCUCGAGCGACGCGCCCAUUAUGGUCGGCGCUAUCGAUGGUGUCGGCACGAAACUUAUGAUCGCCCAGGCGACGCGUGACCACAGCACCGUGGGCAUCGACCUAGUAGCCAUGAACGUCAACGACCUCGUCGUACAGGGCGCCGAGCCCGUCAUGUUCCUCGACUACUUCGGGUGCAGCAAGCUGGACCCCGAGGUAGCCGCCGUCUUCGUUGAGAGCGUCGCAACGGGCUGCCGCGACGCCGGGUGCGCGCUCGUCGGUGGUGAGACAGCCGAGAUGCCGGGCAUGUACAAGGAAGACGACUACGACGCCGCGGGUGCCGCCAUCGGCGUUAUGCGUGCCAGCAGCCGGCUCCCACGCCACGAUGCCAUGGCCGCCGGCGACGUCCUGCUCGGCCUCGCCUCGUCCGGCGUACACUCCAACGGCUUUUCGCUCGUGCGCCGCAUCCUCGCGCGUGAAAACCUCAGCUACGCCGCCCCCGCCCCCUGGGACUCCCAAGGCCGCACCGUCGGUUCAGCUCUGCUCACACCAACCCGGAUCUACGUGAAAUCAGUACUAGCCACACUCCCGCGCCUCAAGGGUCUCGCACAUAUCACCGGCGGCGGCCUAACCGAGAACGUGCCGCGCAUGCUGCCGAAACACCUAGCCGCCGACAUCGACGUCGCGACGUGGGCUCUACCGCCCGUGUUCAGCUGGUUAAAGAAAGCGGGUAACGUUGACGCGAGCGAGAUGGCGCGCACGUUUAACACGGGCGUGGGUAUGGUCGCCGUAGUGAGCCCCGCGGAUGCGGAGGCGGUUAAGAAGCAGUUCGAGGAGUUGGGUGAGACUGUGUAUACCAUCGGUAAGCUGGCGGCGCGGACGGAUGGGGAGGCGGGGUGUGUGUUGAGGAAUCUGGAAUCGUGGUAAAGUAGGUAAGAUCUAGCUAGGUAUGUAACUAAGGAGGUAAGUAGGGUUAGAUAAAAAUCACGACAAAAAGGGGGGAAUUUAGGGAGACGAGAUGAUAAGAGUAGGACUCUAGUCGCAUGUAGGCUCGAUUUAUAAAUGGUUCUCUUA